AUGAAGAAGUCAAAAAAGAAAUAUAGUAAAGAUACAGAAAAUUUGGUUAAAAAUACUUCUAUAUAUGUAACUGGAUUACCAAGAGAUAUAACAAUAGAAGAAGUAAGGAACUUUUUUACUCGCUGUGGAAUAAUAAAGAUUGAUCCUAGUACUUUGGAACCCAAAAUAAAGUUAUAUAAAGAUAAGGAAACAAAUGAAUUAAAGGGUGAUGCUUUGGUUUCUUAUAAAUUCCAGGAAAGUGUAGAGUUAGCACUAAAAUAUUUAGACCAAACAGAAAUUAGAUGUGGAUAUUCAGUUAAAAUACAAAAAGCAAUCUUUAAUGUUAAUCAUUCUCAAUAUAAUAAACCAGAAGAUAAGAACUUACUAGAUAUACAUAAAAAGCAGCUGAUAGCUGCAAAAUUAGAGGAACAACGUUUAAUGUCUUGGAGUAAUGAAGAAGUUAUUGGUAUAUCCCAAGGAAAAUCUUUAAAUACUAGAAUUGUUGUAUUACGUCAUAUGUAUUCUAAACAAGAUGCAGAAAAAUUUAAUGAAGAUGAUUUAUUUUAUAAAGAACUUGAGGAUGAAAUAUAUGAAGAGGUUAGUAAAUUUGGUACAGUUAUUAAUGUAACAUCUAUUCCAAGACAUCCACAUGGUAUUGUCUGUGUUAAAUUUAAAAAAUCAGAAGAUGCGGAGAUAGCUGUUAGUUAUUUAAAUAAUCGUUUUUUUGAUGGUAGACAAAUCGAAGCCUUUCUAUAUGAUGGAAAGACAGACUUUAAAGUCUCAACUUUACCUAGUAGGAAGGAUUGA